AUGGCUGAUGAAGACAUCAAACUUGAAUAUGAAAGUUUCCUCGAGAAGAAAUUCCCCGCCCUUGAGGAUGCGAGGAUCAUCAUCAGCUACUACUUCUCUUCUCCUGCAGAGGACCUCGUCAUGAAGUGUAAUGACGAUGGAGCAGCGGGGCCCCCCCCUCGGAUCUUCACCUACACUUUCCCCGAAGACCUCUUGGAGCACCACGAGGUCUGGGUCAGCCAGGAGGUGCAGAUUCCAAGCUAUUCAAGGAUUCAGCCGUUUAAGAUUAAGCUGAGUCUCUCCAGCUUCAACUCGAGCACCUGGGCAGCGGACGAACUUCGGGUGCUGGGGUCCGCGCCGACGUCUCAGCCCUUGGUGAACUUCACCUACCCGCCCCUCACGUCAGAGGAGCCAGAAGUCAACGAAACGUCACCAUCUGUAUUGACCAAUCACACCCUUCCUCCGGUGAAUGUGACGUCACCACCAAGUGUCAAUGCAAGCCUGAGCUCAAACUCGUCAGGCGACGGCACCAACCAGACCUCCUCAGGACCGGGCGAAGAAGGCAAGACCGAAGACAGCAACGUCACCGCCAACAUCACCCCGGCUCCCAGCAGCGGAGAUCCCGACUUCUCUGAACACCUCGGGCGGCUCGAGAGUGUGGCACAGGCGAUCUGGGAUGCCUUCUACGUGUUUCUGGCACUCUUCUGCGCAUGCCUGGUGGCCCUCGUGGCACUCAUCGUACGCGGGAGGUGCAGGGAAGACGACCCUCCGCCAGCUGUCGCCACUUACAACCCCAGGACCGCAUCCUACCGCCUCGACAAGGUUUAUGAUAACCCAUCCUAUGAUAACAAUGCAGUGUGAACCUCGCACGAUGACUGAGGGUUGGGGUACGACACUUUAGACAAGGCGGUACGAUAUCAUCCGUUGCGUAGGGGUGACUGAUGUAUACGAUACCUUUUGGCGCUUCCUUUUGUUUAUAAAGUAUAUAUUUUUAAAGCUAUUGUCGUUAAUGUAUUCCAGUUUGUGAAGUUUAUAUCUUGGAAAUUUGAGUCAAAGGUAUAAAUGUUCGGAAUUCUGUUUACUAGGAAUCUGCGUAAAUCUAAUAGAAGAUGAAACACGUAGAUUUGCUCAGAUUCAGUCACAGAGAAAAGGGAUAAGGCCAAUUGAAUUUGCAGAAUUAUUUUGUCGUGAAUACUUCUGCAAAUACAAUAAAGUUAUCAAAACAAGUAAAGAAAAAAAGAAAAAAAAAUCGGAUAGUACCUUUAAUAGUAAUUUUCAGAAAAAAAAAUCUGAAAAAACUACGAUUUUGAACUGAAAUCACUAAAACAAAUAAGAUUUAAAAGUAAUUUAUUAUUCUUGUAUGUAGUAUGCAUGUUACGUUGUACUACUGUAUGUUACAUUAAUAGUAUCAUAUUUAUUAUGUCUAUCAUGUCCUUUUAGUGUCACUCUGUAUCAAAACUUCUGUUCAUCGGAUGCUGUUAAAUUUGAUCUAAAGAUUCUGAAAAAAAUAUCUGUAUUAGUAUUCUAAAUGUAUCUUGAUUGAUCAUCUUUUAAAAAUUAUCUUCUGUCCUUCUAUUUGAAUAGAUUUUCGAAAAUAUUUGGGCAUUGAUGAUUGUAUGUAGUAAUGAACAUGAUAAGUUUUUAUACGAAAGUUUGAAAAAAAGCAAACCUUUCUGCUUGCAAGGUUUGUUGAAUCUGAAUAUGAAUUAGUAUGGUAUCCCAUUUAAACACGAUGGUGAAACAGAGAGCGCUUGUUGACUGGACAAACAGUGACAGCUAAAUGUUAGCGUUGUCGUUUUCUAUAUAUACACAUUCAUUAGCACACAGACACAAACACACACAC